UUUUGUAGGAAUCCUGUCACUUGUUUAGAGUUUUUCCUCUCAACCACGUGGAGUGGCGGCUCUAAUUCAUUGAAAUCAGAGGCUUUUACGUUAUUAUUACUGUGCGCGGCAUCGACGCUGCCUCGUGUGUGAGAUGUCAGCAGCGGGACAGACCUCCAGGAGCCUGGAGAUCCCGGCUGUCCGGAGGAUCGCUAUCCACGAUGCAGCCCACAUGCCCAAGGAGUACUCCACGACCCCAGGAGGAACUCUGUUCAGCACCACGCCAGGAGGCACCAGAAUCAUUUACGACAGGAAGUUCCUGCUGCAGUGUCGGACCUCUCCUCUGACCCGUACGCCUCCCAAACUUCCCGAUAUUCCCGGAGUCACAAGGCCGCUUGACCCAGAGUCGUCCAGUAAUGAAAACCAGCCUGAAGAAUUACCCAGCAACAACGCAGAUGACCACAGCCUGAACACAGAGGAGAACUCGGCGGAAGACGCCCAGUUUGAAAUGGACAUCUAAAUGUUAGCAGCAACAAGCAAUGAAGUAAUGCUGACAUUUAUGUGGUUAUGAAAUGGUUGAAACGACAAGUCCAGUCUAAGUCAGCUUUAUAAUCUGACAGAAAACAACCAUGUCUUUUCUAAUAUCAACUAUUUGCUAAAAUGUUGAGCCUAAAACAUUAACUAACUAAAACUGCUUUUUCACUUUGUUAGAUGUAUGACAUGUAAUUCCUUAAAUUGUUUUUUUUUUUUUUUAUGUGACUUAUGUUUACUUUGAAAAUAAUAUGAUAUGAAGUCUAUUAAUAGGACUAGUCUAGUUGGGAACCUAGUUUUGCAAUCUGUGAUAACUUUUAUGGCCACAUGAGGGCAGCAGACACAAGUUCCAUACUUUGAGAUCCCGUUGUGUUUGUCAAUUUCAAGUCAAUUUAUUUGCAUUACUUGCAGUUGCUUGAACACUAAGUGAUUGUGAAGUUACAUAAAUUAUCAGCAGAGGUUUUCUUAAUAUAUGACUGAAUUUUAUUGUCACUCAUCAGUUGUUUGUUCCUUAAUUUCCAAGAUCAUUUUAGAAUAAUUUCAUGCAUUUUUUAAUGAAAAAUGAAACCUCUACCAAGAUGGUAAAAUAAAAAUAUUUUUUGGCUGCAAAAUGUUACAUAAUAAGCUAAUAGUUUUUACAAACUAUAAGCUUGUAAAAAAUAUAUAUGUUAGAGCUUUGAACUUUUUUUUUACUGUGAACAUCAUUAAAAGUCACUGUUAAUGCAUUCUUUAACCAAAA